UAACGUUGCAGGGGGAUUAUGUGUAAACCGUGUGAUCUCCGUCCUGCGGUACUCAGCAGUUUACCGGCCGUUUGCUCCUCUGUGUGACCGGAUGACUCCGGUCAUUUACCGACAGGACUGAAACAGCUGAUGGAUGUAGAUGAACCAACAGCGACAGAAGAUCCAAACUGAGUUCAACCUGGUCCAGGUAGGACUGACUCCAAACCGGAUCUCCAUCAGCUGAUGGUCUGAAGACUGGGACCAGUCAGAACGCAGCUGGUGUUUGAAGAUGACUGACCCAGACCCAGUCCACCUCUGGACCCUGAGGACCCCAUCUGCAGCAUGGCAGAGCCUGACCCCCCUGCAGUAGAGGAGGCUGAUCCCAGACCCAGUCCUGGACGCGGCCAUGGUCCUGACCCCCGUGGCCCCGGUGCCCGGCCCCCCCUGGCGCAGAAGGCCCUGUCGGAGGCGUACGUGCGUCUGCGGUUCCGGGAUACGUCCCUGCUGAUCUGGCAGCAGCAGCAGCUGCAGCUGCAGACGGCGCCUCCAUCCACGUAUCUGAGCCGGAGCCAGUCCGCCUGGCACUGCACCAACGGGAACCAGGCCGUCCUGAUCCGAGACAAGAGGGCCCUGGAGGACUCCGAGGGCCGGUCCAGGAUCUGCAGCCUCAUGUAGGACCUGAUUGGGUCAUGGUUGAGACCUGAGACGGGACCGGUCCAACCCCGUCAGACUGGACCGCAUAUGUUUGGACUGGACUUGUUUUGAUGUGGUUCAGACCAGGACUGUCGAAGUCCUGUUGGUUCAGGGGCCACAUUCAGCCCGGUUUGAUCUAAAGUGG